AUGAAGUUCACUGCGGCUGCCUUCGCGGCUUCACUCUUUGCCCCGGCACUGGUUGCCGGUGCCCCGCGCGUCGUCAAGGUCGACCCGUCCGACAUCAAGCCUCGAAAUGUCGGAGGGUCCAGGAUCAAGCUGCCCCAGAUUUACAACACCCACUUCAAGCAGCACGCCAAGGGCCCGAGGGCUCUGGCCAAGGUCUGCCGGAAGUACAACAUUGAAAUGCCUCCGGAGCUCGUCGAGGUUCUCAAGGGCAUCCUGCAGGAUUUGGGCAUCGACCUGCCCACUGGGAAAGUAGGCGGUCUAAGCGCAAGCGCCCACAACUCUGGGAAGCCCUACACGAACGAGACGGAUGACCAGGGCGAGGUGUCUGCCACCCCGCAGCUCUUCGACGUUGAGUAUCUGGCGCCCGUCGAGAUCGGCACCCCGCCGCAGACCCUGAUGCUCAACUUUGACACCGGCUCGUCCGACCUGUGGGUGUUUAGCACGGAGACGCCGAGCCGGCAGCAGAACGGCCAGACGCUGUACCGCAUCGAGGACAGCUCGACCGCCCAGAAGCUCUCCAACCACACCUGGUCGAUCCAGUACGGCGACGGCAGCCGCUCGGCCGGCAACGUGUACCUCGACACGGUCAGCGUCGGUGGCGUCAACGUGUUCAACCAGGCCGUCGAGUCUGCCACGAGCGUGUCGUCCUCCUUCACGAGUGACGCCGCGUCCUCUGGCCUUCUCGGCCUCGCCUUCGACUCGAUCAACACGGUCAGCCCGACCAAGCAGAAGACGUUCAUUUCCAACGCGCUGGAGUCGCUGGAGUCGCCUCUGUUCACUGCGAACUUGAAGAAGGCCGAGCCCGGCAACUACAACUUCGGCUUCAUCGACGAGACCGAGUUCACGGGCCCGCUCUCGUUCGUGGACGUCAACUCGACCGACGGCUUCUGGCAGUUCCAGGCCUCGGGCUUCUCCAUCGGCAGCGGCAGCAACGCGUCCAUGCUCGUGCCCGUCGGCCACUCGGCCAUCGCCGACACGGGCACGACGCUGCUCAUGCUGCCGUCCGCCAUCGCCAACGCCUACUACCGCAGGGUGCCCCAGGCCAAGUCUUCGGCCCAGAUCGGCGGCUGGGUGUUCCCCUGCAACGCCACGCUGCCCGACCUGACGCUGCACAUCGGCAGCUACAAGGCGGUCGUGCCAGGCGAGCUGAUCAACUUUGCGCCUGCCGACACCGACUCGUUCGACACGGCCACCAUCUGCUACGGCGGCAUCCAGAGCAUGGCCGGCCUGCCUUUUGCCAUCUAUGGCGACGUCUUCCUCAAGGCGCAGUUCACUGUCUUUGACCUGGAAGGGCCGAGGCUCGGCUUCGCGCCCAAGCCGGAGCUUUGA